GUAUGACCGACGAGAGAGGUUGUUGGCCAGUUUCCUGUAACGUCACUACGUAUUGUUGAGGAAUGGGGUCGAGUUCAGAAGAUCUUGAUUACUUGUCUCCUGCCAAAAGGAUUAAACUAGAAAAUAGUGAUGGUGACCAAAAUUUAGUUAGUGCACCCAACUUAGGGACUUGUGCUUCGUCUGCGUACACAUCAAAAGAGCCUGGAAACCAAAAUGGAGAUAGUGAUCCUUUUGUGGAGCUCAAAAACACCGUUGAAGAAGGGAAACCAUCUGGACAAAGUGAUCUCAACAAUGACAGGGUGGAGGAAGAGGAAGAAGCAUCGGAUGAUGACGAAGUCUCUUCAACAGUUAGUAACUGGUCAGAUAUAACAGGACUAUCUGAUAUUAGUGGACAAGAUUGGAAAUGUUUUGCCGGACCAAUGACUUGGAUUCAAAAUCAGAUAAUAAGUGGGGUUAAUCCACGUGACCUCUUGAAUGACAUCCUGGACGACGCAACCCAAGUGCCUCCUCAAGUUCCUGAUUUUACCCUAUGGAAGCUCUUGGCCAAUAUGAUGUGCUGUCCACCCAGACGGAAAAAAUUAGAGCAUAUCAACACCCUUGACGACGUAGUUAAUCUUAUCAAAACCUGCUCACGAAUCAUGGUGCUCACUGGUGCUGGGGUGUCAGUAUCUUGUGGAAUCCCAGAUUUUAGAAGCCACAACGGAAUCUAUUCUCGACUAGCUAUUGACUUCCCGAACCUGCCGGACCCUCAGGCCAUGUUUGAUAUAAAUUAUUUUCGCAAAGAUCCUCGCCCAUUCUUUAAAUUUGCUAGAGAAAUUUAUCCUGGACAGUUCAAGCCAUCUCCUUGCCACAGAUUUAUCAAAAUGUUAGAAAAUCGAGGAAAACUACUACGGAACUACACCCAGAACAUUGACACCCUUGAAAAAGUGGCAGGCAUCAACAAUAUUAUCGAAUGUCAUGGAUCGUUUUCAACAGCAUCUUGUAUGAAUCCAAACUGCAGUAAUAAAGUAACAUCUGAGGAUAUACGAGAAGAUGUCUUUGCGCAGAAUAUUCCAAUGUGUCAAGUUUGCAAAGACCCAUCAGGUGUUAUAAAACCAGAUAUUGUUUUCUUUGGAGAAGGCUUACCAGAAAGUUUUCACAGUGCAAUGGCCGAAGAUAAGAAUGUUUGUGAUCUUUUAAUUGUAAUUGGUUCCUCGUUGAAAGUUCGACCUGUUGCAUUAAUACCCAAUUCCCUGCCAAGUGGAGUGCCGCAAAUCUUGAUCAACAGAGAAAGAUUACCUCAUCUUACAUUUGAUGUAGAGCUUUUGGGCGAUGGAGAUGUUGUUGUAGAUACAAUUUGUAGAAUGCUUGGAGAAGAUUUUUCAGAAAUCUGUUGGAGGGAAACACCUUGCACAGCAGCAGAACGUUUGAACUCACCGAUCCUUUCUCUUCCGUUCCGAAGCGAAAAUGGAGCUGACUGCAGUGAAGGUGAAAUGUCCAUUGACUCGACGCGAGACAGUGGUCUUGGUGGCUCCAGUAGAGGUGAGCGACAGACUUCCAUUGAUAGCUGCAUGGAAGAAGAUUCUAUGGAUGGCAAACAGUUCGAACCAUUAGAACCGUGCAGCUCUACAAACCAAUCUGAAUCAGCCCCUUGUGCAGAUUGCCCUCCCAUCGACGAAGAUCUUAAGUGUUGUGAAUAUAUCAAUCGACUCCACCACACAGCCCGAAGGAAAAGCACAACGAGUCGUGAAGCCGGGACCAAGCACAUCUUGUUUGAUGAUAAUGUUCAAGAGACUCUGAUCAGCUGCGCAGAAAGCGACAGCAAGAAUAAACAAAGAGGCAUGCUCGUGGAUGAGCCAAGCAGUAGUUGUAGCAGUAAUCAAGUUCCUAGCUCAUUAGUUGUGCAGCGGCACAUGUCGCUGGACUCGACACGAGACAGCGGAAUCGGAGAUGGAAGCAACUCCUCCCACAGUGCAACGACAGAUCGCCACAUGUCGGUAGAUUCUCACUCGCCAGACACUGAACCCAUUAGCAACGAGAGCAGCUGGGAAAGGGAGAAGAUUAGCGUGGCUGCUCGUCUACCAGAGAACACAUAUUUCAUGUUGAAACAAGGCCGAUACAUUUUCCCGGGAGCUGAGGUCUAUUCUAACCCAAUGGAACGAAGCAAUAGCCGCUCCUCUCUCAGCAGUACUGAUAGUAACAAUAGUCAAUGUUCUCCUCCUAUUUAAAGGAACUAAUGUGAUAUUGCUAGGGAAGGCAGUCAAUCAUGGUUCAAAAUUUUCGUCUGGCAAAACAUGUUCAUAUUUUUUGUAAAAAAGUAUUCUAAGCUAAGGUAAGUAAUAAUCACCUGAUCAAUGGUUAUUGUCUUCAUUUUUAUUUAUUGUCUUGUUGUUGAUUAUUUUAGUUAGUAAAGAAAAAUUUUCUAAGUUGAAAAAAAGUAGGAAAAAAAAAUCCAAAAUAUUAUGAAAAGUAUUUGAAAUAAGUUGAAACAGUUGACAUUUUAGCCCAACUGAUCAAUUUAGAAGUUUAUUUUCUGGAGGAACGUCUCCAGGUACACUUGUUCAAGUUAAGAAACAAAGGUUUAAAAAACAGGAAAUUCAAAAAGAGCCCCUUAAUUUAUUAAUGUUGAUUUUGGAAUCAUGGAAUUCCAAAUUGCAGUUCCGCACCGAUAAAAAAUCAGCCUCCUCAAUCCCACUAACCUAGUAAGAAAUUCAAUUCUUGGAGUCGGAACUGGAGAAUUUUUUGAGUUGUGGAAAAGUGAAAGACACAUGAACUUCUGAAACUUCAAGUACCUAUGUUCAAAAUUUGUGUUUAUCCGAGGGUGUUUUUCAAUUCAUUUUAAGUAUCGUGAUAGGAAUUCUGUGAUUCAAAGAUUAUUAUUGACCCUUUACUUUCCUCUUUUGUUCGGUCCUAAAAUUUUGCAAGCAAAAUGAAGGGCUCACUUUGCAAGAUGGUUUUCAAUUGUACAGUCCUUGUUAAAAUCCUAAUUACUGUUCUCAUUGUCACAUUGUACAGAUUGUCCCUUCUUCUCGCAGGGUUGUAAAAUUUUUUGUGUAUAAUUCACGAUUGUUACUUUAAGUCGUGUAAAGAAAGCAGGAAAUCCCUUGCAGCCUGGCAACUAAGUCAAGUCUAAGUAUGUAUUUGCAAGCAACACUCUAAAGGAGCUUUUUUAGUUUUGUCACCUUAUCUUUUGCUAAGGCAUUGUUAUCAAACUAUUUUUUUUAAGUAGGAGCCAAGGCUUGGUCAUUUUGUUACAAUGACCAAGCUAAAGUGUUCUCAGUCACCUCAAAAACCUUGAAAAGUGAUGCAUUAAUAGAAUUUUUUAAUCUUUGUCAUUAGCUCAUUUUAGACACUUUCAUCAGGUAAGGGCUGGACACAUGUUCAAAGUGCAGCCUCAAAGUGGUGGCUGUUUAGCCAAGCUUUUGCCAUCAAUUACCGCAUCAAUGCGCAACACUUGACCAAACAGCCACCACUUUGAAGCUUCACUUUGAAGGUGUGUCCAGCCCUGUAUGUACCCGUGCUAGACAAUGUAUUAUUUUUUUUUUUUUUUUGGGGGGGGGGGCGCAAAAAUGAGGUUGUUUUGUCUCAAAUCUUUCUACCUAUUUUUUUUCACUUUAGUGUAGUUUCUUUAGAAAACUGAUUCACCUGAUCUUUCAGUGUCGUUUUCAUUCCAACAUUUUUUUUUUGGUUUAAGAUAAAACCAAACACAUACCAACACUAAUCUUUUUGUUGGAUGAAGGAUUAAGUUAACAAAAUCAGCCUUUAGACAUACAUUGGCUGUUCAAUGUAUUUUUCUUAAUUUUUGCACGGAUGUUCGCCAUUGGCCGGUAACCAAUAAUGGUAAAAAAUGCAAAGAAUAUCCUAAUAAUUUUUCCAAAUCUGGACGAGUGUUACUGAGAGCACUGAUAACUGUAAUCAGUAUCAUUGCAAGAUAAAGAUCACUAACACAAAUACUCUCUCAUCACUUUAGUCAAGUAGUAAUGAAUUUCAGAUUAUUGACCACAUUUUCAAAUAUCUUGUCUCUCUGAAAUCAACAACAUUAUUUCUUCCCUUGUAAUGAGAUUAGCAAGGUGUAAUUUUCUGAAACAAGAUGCGCGGACAAAAAUGCCAUCAUCUGAGUACACGCUGCGAGAUCUCAGAAAAGUGUACCAAAAAUAAAGUGUAUCAGUAAGCCAUUCUAAAAUCAUGUUCACUAUCGAAAUUGUGGCUGUAAAUUUCUUGCUAAACUCGCUAAUUUUAUGUUUUAAUGAAUAUGAAGGUCAGGUGAUAUCAGUUCUUUGAAUCAGUUAGUUGUUGCAAUCUUAUAGUUUGGCCGGACGAAAAAUGUCAGUCUCUAUAUUUUGUCUGUUGAAUAUUUCCUUUUUUAUUUUUAUUCUCUGUCGUCAUUAACACCAAAACUCUUAUGUCCGUUCAAUUAACAACCAAAUUCCUUUUUUAUCUGUCCUCUUUUUUAUGCUUUGUGUACAUUUUGAUGUAAGAUCAUGAAUUAGUUAGGUUUUCAAAUUUUUAUCGCUUUUUGGGUAGUCUGUAUUGUUUUAUCAUUUGAUUUUUAUUUUUUAUAUUUUUAACAGAAAGAAAUAAUUUAUUACUGUAACUAAGCUAGUUUUAAUAGAUAAAUGUUUAUAAAAGUAUUAUUUGUAUUGAAAGCUGUUUCUUUAGUUUUCUAAGCACAGUGAAAUCCUGCUUUGCUAAAAUCCCUACCCAGGCCAAAAUUUCUUCAAAACUUUUAUUCCUACAAAAUAUCCAUUUUUGUUUUGAUUUUUCUAGCUCUGCAAAAUACUGAUGCUGAAUCAGCCUCUGGUCAAAAAAAUAUUUGCUUGUUUCACAAUGAGAAUGGAGGGACCAUUUUCAAUCGAAGUUAAGCUCACUAUUAUUAUAAAGUUUUGCCUAGGCUUGGUGUUCUGGCAUAGUUUUACAGUGAAAGUAAUCUAAAGUUAAAAAAUGUCCUUCUAAGAAGGGAUUUUAGAAAGGCAGAAGUUUGCUGCAUUUAUAAUCCACCUUUUCUUCCCCAUUUCUCUCCACUUCAUGCAGGAUAGAAAGUUAGCAAUAGAUGAGAAUGAUUACUCAGGUCUACAAAAAAUAAUUUGUCUCCAUCCGAUUAAAAACUAAGACAUGCAUGUCUUGAAAUUGGUAUGUUUAAAUGUCAUACAUAUUCCAAAUCGAAAAUCCUCUCUCUUUAUUUUUGAUGUACCUUCCAAAAAUCAUUAAGAUUUUGAAAUUUGAUGUUCAUCUGCUAGAUGUCUCUCUCAUCAUUACAACUGCAAAAUAAUUGUACAGUUGAUGAUUAUGUUAAGUAGUGAAUCGUAUUUUUCUUUUGAGAAAAAAUAUGUAUAAUAAACUAAAAUAUAUGAUUCAAGAUAUUGUUAUCUUGGCUACGUAGUUCAUUAUUCGCAAUAUCUCAAAUUGUCUUCUAAUUAUCAGUAAAAUUACAAAUAAGUGAAAAAUUUCUCCUUUGAUUCUAGAUAAAUAAAUAAAUGAAUAAGUGAGUGAAUGAAAUACACUCACAGAAAAACACUGUUUUCCUGUCCUUCAGUGGACUGCUUUUCGUACUAAAAGCUUGGCUUUUUUUUGCACUAACUUUUUUGGCCAAGUAUUGCCUCCAUUGGACUUGGGCUUUGAUCAGUUUGUUCCUAACCCUCCAGAUUUUGGUCUUUCAGAAUUUGAUCCUGGAAAGUCUGAAGAAGGUGAAAUGUACGUGCCCCUAAACUUCCCUUAGACAAUGUCCCAUUGUUAGAAACAAUUUUUCAAUAUUUUCGACUUUGGAAAUUUUAGUGCUGCAAAAUCAUAAUUUUCAUAGUCUUCUAAUAUAUUGGUAGCUAUAUAGUCAUCCAUCUAUCUGUAAUCCCAACUCCUCUGUAAUGGAUGCAUUUAACACUUCACAGCUGUUGUAGCAUAUUUUAGAUGGUUUGAUUUGUUGUUAGGUAAACAUUAUUCAGGGCUGGAAUCUUGUUGGCAGCAAAUUAAGUCACUAUCUUCCAAAUCAAAUGACCCAUCUUGUAUAUAUAAUUUGAAAACAAAUAAAACUCAAUCUAUUAUCAAUUGAGUUUUUUAUGAGAACUCCGUCUGAAAAUCCCCAACAGUGCAGACUAUUGAUUCAUGAUUCGAUGAUAGAUCAAAAAAGCCGUCCAGAAUUGGGGCCACUUAUAAAAUGCACAACAACGCUCUAGAGUGGAGAGGAGUCUCAGAUCGCAUUACAGGUGUUUUAAUAAAACACCUGUAACACAGAGAAGGGGCUUUUUAGGACUGUCAAGUUACACUUGAAUGGAAGCAUAGCUUUGAUUUCUCGAAAAUCGAAAA